CUAGACUCUAGCCUGGUCACAUUGUUUCAUCGCACAUGUUCGCCAACCACAAUAAUAACAAAAUAAUUAAUUAAAAUGGUGCGUAAACUCAAAUUCCAUGAGCAAAAGCUGCUCAAGAAGGUGGACUUUAUCACCUGGAAGGUGGACAACAGCGGCAAGGAGAACAAGAUCCUAAGGCGCUAUCACAUACAAAAACGAGAGGAUUACACCAAGUACAAUAAGUUAGCCCGGGAAAUACGUGAACUGGCUGAGAAGAUAGCCAAGCUGGAUGCCUCAGACCCCUUCAAGGUAGAGGCCACCACAAUGCUGCUUAAUAAAAUCCAUGCCAUGGGCGUCUCAAAUGAUCAACUGACACUGGAAACGGCAGCCAAAAUCUCGGCCAGUCACUUCUGCCGAAGACGGCUGCCAGUGAUUAUGGUCAAGCUGCGCAUGUCGGAGCAUCUCAAGGGAGCCACAGACCUCAUAGAACAUGGCCAUGUACGCGUGGGUCCCGAAAUGGUCAAGGAUCCUGCUUUUCUGGUCUCCCGAAACCUCGAGGACUUUGUUACCUGGGUGGAUGGCUCCAAGAUCAAGGAGCAUGUGAUGCGCUACAAUGACAUGCGAGAUGAUUUCCAAAUGUAAACAAUUAAUGCUUAGAUUUAAGUAGAAUUAUUAAUAAAACACACAUUGAAACUCUUUA